AUGGCGUCUGCGCGUAAGAGGCCCAGGGCCGAGCCCGAGGACAACCGGGCUGAAUGCCCCUUCUCAGUCAAGAUUGUCGAGUCGAGGGACCGGGACCAAAAGAAGAAAAAGCGUAGGCGCACAGAGAAUGGCGAUGAGGAGGACUCGGCCGGCCAGCGCAACAGUUUGCAGAUGUCCCCCUUUGCGCCUUCCGGGAAGUUCAAGACACACGAAACAAUGGAUCUCCAUUAUCAAGUAGAUCCACUCAAGAGGUGGACCGACAUGACGAGAUAUAAUAGUUUUGUCCUCAAUGGGAUUAAGUACUUUAGUGAAGGCUUUAUCUACGUCGCCAAUGACUCCAGUAUCGAACGUCAAAAAGCGGUCAACAACAACGAACCGAUGCAUCCUAGGAAGAAGUCGGACGACGACUGGGUCGCCCGCAUCCUGGAGAUCCGCGCAAGUGACGAACACCACGUUUACGCGCGAGUGUACUGGAUGUACUGGCCGGACGAGCUCCCACAAGGAACACACGACGGCAAGAAGACAAUCCAGGGCCGCCAGCCGUAUCACGGCCUGAAUGAGUUGAUCGCAUCAAAUCACAUGGAUAUCAUCAAUGUCGUGAGCGUCACAUCGCAGGCGCAAGUGAAGCAGUGGUAUGAAGAAAAUGAUGAGGAAAUCCAGAAUGCACUGUACUGGAGGCAGGCAUUUGAUGUCCGGACUUACGAGCUAUCGUCUGUCGAGCUCGUUUGUAGCUGCAAUACGCCUGGGAAUCCCGACAAGAUGUUAAUAGGUUGCACCUCGGACGCAUGCCGGAAGUGGAUGCAUGAACAAUGCGUCCUCGACGACGGGCUCCGAGCCACAUACAAACGACUGGGCACCGACAAGCCACACGUACCAGCAGUAACGCCGAAAAAGGAGGAAGACGGGGACGAGGGCAAACGGCCACUGAGCCCUUCUGAAACUGGCGCCGAAGGUUCGGCCGAGCAAUCCAUCGACGUCAAAUCCGAAGCCGCGCCGUCAGACGCCGUUCACGUCGGGGCGACCGAUACCGUCGAAGCUAGGCAGACCGACGACGAGGAUGCCCCCGCCGCCCCCGAAGACUCUCUCCCUGUGAGAACUGCCGAUCAACAGCGGGCGGCAACCGAAAACACACCCGGCACAUCUACACAAAAUAAGGCUAGCGCUGGGGCUUUGGGACCAGGGCGUAAGCCGGGACGGCCACGAAAGAAGGGCGCCGAGGCGAAUGGCGAGGGCGCACGGCCUUGGGAGGGUCUGUUUGAGGCGAAGCUGAUAACAACGGACAUUGGCCCGCCAACGAUCGAGUUCCGGGAUUUGCGAGAUGGUAUUGUGGGCGGUGAAAAGACUUGGAUUGAGCCCGUCAAGUGUUUGAUCUGUGGAGACCAGGUCAAUUAG